AUGGUGCCCCCGCACCCCCCCAGAAGAGGGCUCCUGCUGUUGCUGUUGUGCCUCCUCGUUGGCCCAGACCGUCGGCCGGGGGCAUCUGGGGCCCCCGGGCAGGGAGCACCUGGGGAUGUCAGUCUGCCCGGCUCUGGGCGGGUGAAGCGUGGCUGGGUGUGGAACCAGUUCUUCGUGGUGGAGGAGUACACGGGCACAGAGCCACUGUACGUGGGGAAGAUUCACUCGGACUCCGAUGAGGGCGAUGGCUCCAUCAAGUACACCAUCUCUGGGGAGGGGGCCGGCACCAUCUUCCUGAUCGAUGAGCUGACGGGGGACAUUCAUGCCACGGAGCGCCUCGAUCGCGAGCGGAAAACCUUCUACACGCUGCGGGCUCAGGCGCGGGACCGCCAGACCGACCAGCUGCUGGAGCCCGAGUCGGAAUUUGUCAUCAAGGUGCAGGACAUCAACGACAGCGAGCCCCGGUUCCUGGGGGGGCCCUACAUCGGGAGCGUGGCGGAGCUGUCCCCCAUCGGGACUUCGGUGCUGACUGUCCUGGCCUCUGAUGCGGAUGAUCCCAGCUAUGGGAGCAGCGCCCGGGUGGCCUACAGCGUCCUGGAGGGGGAGCAGCACUUCACUGUGGACAGCAAGACCGGUGUGAUCCGGACGGCCGUGGCAAACCUGGACCGGGAGACCCAGGACCGCUAUGAGGUGGUGGUGAGGGCCACGGAUAUGGCAGGGCAGCUGGGGGGCCUCUCGGGCUCCACCACCGUCACCAUCGUCAUCACUGACGUCAAUGACAACCCCCCUCGCUUCCCCCAGAAGAUGUACCAGUUCAGCAUGGUGGAAACAGCCCCGGUGGGCAUGCUGGUCGGGCGAGUGCGGGCGGAGGACGCCGAUGUUGGGGAGAACACAGACAUGGCCUACCAGAUCAAGGAGGAGGGGGCCCGGGGGCCCUUCCGCGUGGCCACCGACAGCAACACGCAGGAAGCCCUCAUCUCCUUGCAGCAGCCUCUGAACUUCGAGGCCCAGGCGGUGCACACGGUGGUCUUGGAGGCGCUGAAUAAGUUCGCGGAGCCCCGUUUUAUGGGCCUGGACACCUUCCGGGACCAGACCAUCGUGCUGGUCUCUGUGCUGGACGCAGACGAGCCCCCCGAGUUCCGGCCUCCCAGCGGCCCCCUGGAGGUGCAGGAAGACGCCCUGGUGGGCUCCCUGGUGGGGGUGGUCACCGCGGUGGACCCCGAUGCGGCCAGCAGACCCGUUCGGUAUGCCCUCGAGCCCCCCGAGGACACGGGGCAGAUUUUUGAUAUCGAUGCCCAGACUGGAGCCAUCCUGACCAGGCAGGCCUUGGAUCGAGAGACGGCCGGCUGGCACAACAUCACCAUCCUGGCCAUGGAGGCUGACGACACGGCUGGGCUGCACACUCAGCACCUGGGCUUCAACCGGCAGGAGCAGGAUCUGUUCCUGCUGCCCAUCCUGGUGGUGGACAGUGGCCCCCCCGCCCUCAGCAGCACCGGCACCCUGACCGUCCGCAUCUGCGGCUGCGACAACACCGGCACCAUCCAGUCGUGCAACGCCACCGCCUUCGUGGUGUCCCCUUCGCUCAGCCCUGGUGCCCUCAUCGCCCUGCUGGUCUGCCUCCUCAUCCUCGUAGUGCUGGUCCUCCUGAUCCUGGCCCUGAAGCGCCACCAGAAGGGGCACCUGCCCUCCGAGGAGGACGAGGACAUGCGCGACAACGUCAUCAAGUACAAUGACGAGGGGGGUGGCGAGCAGGACACCCAGGCCUACGACAUGUCAGCGUUGCGCAGCCUCUACGAGUUCGGCGAGACCAAGGAGGGGGAGGAGAAGGGGGCUCCCCCCCCACCGCCCUCGGAGCUGCAUUCUUUGCCCCAAUGGCGCCAGGCGCCAGACCUCGACUUCUCCCUCUUCAGAGACUACAUCCGCCGUAAAGUGGGGCAGGCGGACGGCGACCCCUCGGUGCCCCCCUACGACUCCUUCCAGACCUAUGCCUUUGAGGGGGCCGACUCCCCGCUGGCCUCCCUCAGCUCCAUCGCUUCUCGCUCGACGGGCUCCGAGCAGGACUUCUCCUAUCUCAGCGGCUGGGGGCCCCGUUUCCGGCAGCUGGCCGCGCUCUACGCCGGGCCCCGGGCCGAGGAGGGCAACCGCGAGACCUAG